AUGAUCCGAGUCAAGUGGAACACGGCGGACCGCCCCGUCCCGCGCGCCGCCUCGAGCAGCGAGCGGCCCCCACUGACCGCUCUCAUGGACGGCAUCGUCAUCAAUAGCUCGACUACCACGACCGCAGCUUCUAAUCCGAAACCUACUGGCACAAGUACAAGUACUACCGCCAGCGGCAGCAGUCGAGGUCUCCACACGACUCCUGCUCCUUGCAGCACUGUCGGCUCUUGCCGCCGGCCGCCGCUGCCGAAAUGGGGCAUGGGCACGAUCUCGGAAGACACGAUGGUCAGCGCGUCCAAUGGACCGGCGAUCAGCUGGUCGAACGACCGCUUCGAGCUCACGGAGACGGGGGAAGUGCGGAACCGAGUCACGCGGCAGCGGAUCUCCAAGAACGAGAUCCGAACGCAUGGGGAAGAAGUGCUGCGUGGCCUCAUUGAUACGGUGCACACGCGCAUGCUGCAGGAGCUUUUGUUUCUGGAACAGGCGAUUCCGCCGCUGGAGUUCGAACGCUCGUCGGUGGACUCUGGAUUCGAGCCAGGGGCGAGCGCCUUGAGAGGGGGCGGUCGGAGCAGCACGGCUACGAAUGGGAGCAGCAGUAGUAGUCGUCGAAGCGGUCGGGUGAGCACGAGUGGCUCGGUGCGCUCGAGCUCGUCCAGUAUCUGCUCGACCACUGACGGCUUUCGGAUGAUGAUUGAUACGGACGAACCGCGCUGUAUCUUCCAUACGAGUACAAAUUUUAGUGUCGCCGAGAAGUUACUCGUCUACGUCUGCUCGUUCCGAGGCUUAAGCUGCGGUAUCUGGAGUCGCAGUGUCUUGCUGAAGGAUGGAGUCCAGGUAGGCUCGAUGCUCCCGUAUUUUCAGAAAGCAAGUGCGGCUGGUUAUGGCAUUCUGGUCAUGAACCCAAACAUGAACACGCAAUUGAUGGUGACACCAGACGGAACGGUGGAGAAAAUGCCCAUUCGAGGAUCGAGUAAUGCCGAGGAGCACUGUGACCACGUGUGGCGAAACUACAUUUUCCCGUCCGCCGCACAUAAGGUGCAUUUUAUUGCGUAUGGAUACGGGGGCGUGUUGGUGACGCAGCUGAUUGCAAAGUACCGUUACGAACUUAAGAGUCGACUGGGUAAUGUGGCAUUUAUUGAAAGCUCGCACAAGAUCGACCCGUCCUGGAACUCGGGGUUUAAACGAUUUUUCUCGCAGCACAGUAUUUCAUGGUCCAGGUCAGACCUCCCUCUUAACACAGAACUUAGUCGUGAUGCGACUGCUUUUGCCUCAGGUGGAGGUCCAAUUGGCACGGGAACGAUGACUAGUAGUGACGAUGGGAUUUUAGUGAAGGCGUCGUCACCGUCGUCGCGCACUCCUACAAGUCCCAGUGCGAAACAACUGACAGGCUUUGGUUGCAUUUGCUUGUCUGCAGGGCCUUGUGAGGGCGCGAACGAAAGCCCAGCUUACACAACGAAAGCGGUUCUGGAGACCGUGUUUGCUUUUCUGGCGUCGCCCACACCAUACGAGUUUCAACGUCGUGCUGCCCGUGAACUUCGGUUAAACACAUUGUUGGUGGAUCAGCAGGCAACAAAAGCUAUGGAACAGGUUGGAAAUAGCGGGUAUGGUGAGCGUGAAGAGCAAAUAACGGACAAAAAGCAGCUUCUGCGGAAUGAAUCCGCACGACCGCAAAAACAGUCAGUAUAUGAUGCGGUGCUUGGUGGUUCUGCUGGAGGUGCCUCUCAAGAGCUAAAGCCUCGAGAGUACGACACGCUGACAAUCGCUGACUUUGAUCUGCUGCGCGUGGUUGGUCGCGGUGCCUUUGGUAAGGUAAUGCUGGUCCGAAGAAAAGUGCAGCAGCAACAGAAGGGAGCGCGGUUACUAAGUCCUCGCACAAUGGUGGCGAUGGGUUUGACUCCGCAGCAGACUGCACGUGCAACCGCCGGUGAGGGUGGCAAGGUGUACGCUAUGAAGGUGAUCAAGAAGGCUGCUGUGUUUGCGAAAAAUCAAGUAGAGCACACAAAGACGGAACGGCGUAUCUUGCAGGGAGUCGAUCAUCCGUUUAUGGUGAAGCUGCGGUAUGCAUUUCAGAACGAAGCGAAGCUGUAUUUUGUUAUGGACUUCUACAACGGCGGCACUCUACACUUUCACUUGCGUCGUGCAAUGCAUUUCGAUGAGGUCCGCACUCGAUUUUACUCGGCGCAGCUCGUAUUGGCAGUGUCGCAUCUGCACACGUACAAUAUCGUGUACCGCGACCUCAAGCCCGAGAAUAUUUUGCUGGACGAUCGAGGGUUUAUCGCACUUACCGACUUUGGUCUGUCGCACGACAAUGUCGACAGUAAAGACGGCAUGCAGACGUUUUGCGGCACACCCGAGUAUAUCGCCCCCGAGCUCAUUCGCCGCGUUUCGUACGGCAAGGCGGUGGAUUAUUGGUCUCUGGGCGUUCUGAUAUUCGAGAUGCUUGCAGGCUACACGCCAUUCUACCACGCCAACCGUAAGCGCAACUUCCAGAACAUCGUAAAGCUUCCACUUCGAUUCCCGUCCGAGUUUUCGGAGGAUGCUCGUUCGCUUCUGCGCGGUUUGAUUUGUCGAAACCCAGCAAAGCGACUCGGGUCCGGACCGUGCGGUGCUCAAGAAGUUAUGGACCAUCCGUUCUUUGCUGACGUCGACUGGGAGAAGCUUUAUAAACGUGACGUGCCUGUACCAUUCAGGCCUGUAGUCAAGUCUGACGGUGAAGUGAGCAACGUGCCUGAGUUCUUUAAGAGACAGGAAGUUGUGGACUCGGUGGUCUCGGAUGCACCUAUCGGCAAGAGCCACGUGUUCCAAGGGUUCUCGUAUACAGACCCGUGUAACUUGUAG